AGGAAUCAAGCACGGGGAAACAUGUCUGGAAAACCCAAGCUGCACUACUUCAAUGGACGAGGCCGGAUGGAAACAAUUCGGUGGCUCCUGGCAGCAGCUGGGGUUGAGUUUGAAGAAUCUUAUCUGGAAAAAAAGGAGGAUCUGACCAAGUUACAGAAGGAUGGAUCCCUGCUCUUUCAGCAAGUGCCAAUGGUAGAGAUCGACGGGAUGAAGCUGGUGCAGACCAGAGCCAUUGCCAACUACAUAGCAACCAAGUACAACCUCUACGGGAAGGACGUGAAGGAGAGAGCCCUAAUCGAUAUGUACGUGGAAGGAAUGUUCGAUCUGAAUGAUUUACUCAUGACAUAUGAAAUCCAACCUGCAGACAAAAAGGAGCAACACUUUGCAAAUAUGAUGGACAAGGCUGAAAACAGAUACUUCCCAGUCUUUGAGAAGGUUUUGAAAGACCAUGGAAAAGACUUUCUGGUUGGCAACCAGCUGAGCAGGGCUGAUGUUCAAUUACUUGAAGUCCUUUUAAUGGUAGAAGAGUGGAAGCCUGAUAUAUUUGCCAAAUUUCCUCUCUUGCAGAGCUUCAAAGCAAGAAUAAGCAAUAUCCCCACAAUUAAGAAAUUCCUGCAGCCUGGCAGCCAGAGGAAACCACCAUCAGAUGAUGAUGUUGUGGAAAAAGUGAUGAAAAUUUUCUACUCCUGAGCAGCACUCUAACACAACAGAAACUGUGUUUCAUUGUAUUUGCAGAUAGUAGCAAAGUGAAAUUAAUGAAAAUAAUGGCAGUGUCAAAAUAAUGGAAUGAAUGAAGUGUAAAGUUUUUGAUCUUUCCUUAGCUACAGUGCUGAUUUUGGCCUACUGCAGAUGCUUGAAGGUAAGGUCCAUGAGCACACUAGCAAAGGAAACAAUUCACUAUGUAGGGGGUAUGUUGGACAACAUUGGAUGCCCUAAACAUAAAACUACCUGAAAUAAAUUCUUACUAUUGAUACUCAAAA